UAAUUAAUUUUUUGUAAUAGAUUGGGAUAAAUCAGAACAUAUCCCUGAUCCUGACGCUAAAAAACCUGAAGAUUGGGAUGAUGAAAUUGAUGGAACAUGGGAACCACCAAUGAUUGAUAAUCCUGAAUAUAAAGGUGUUUGGAAAGCUCGUCAAAUUGAUAAUCCAGCUUAUAAAGGAGCAUGGGUUCAUCCUGAAAUUGAUAAUCCUGAUUAUGUUGAAGAUCAAAAUCUUUAUUUAUAUAAAGAUUUUGGUAUGAUUGGUUUUGAUUUAUGGCAAGUUAAAUCUGGUACUAUCUUUGAUAAUAUAAUUAUCACUGAUAGUGUUCAACGUGCUGAAGAAUUUGCUAAAGAAACAUGGGUAAAAACUACAGAACCAGAAAAAAAAAUGAAAGAUGAUCAAGAUGAAGUUGACCGAAAGAAAGAAGAAGAAGAACGUAAAAAACGAGAAGCUGAAGAAAAAACAAAGAAACCCGAUGAUGGUGAAGAAUCCGAUACGGAUGACAAGAAAUCACCUGAUAAAGAUGAAUUAUAA